GAACUGUGGAAACGAAGAGCGUGGCAGAUAGGAUUUCAGAGAACAAUGCUGCUAAACUGCAAGAGAAAGCUGAACCAGGCAUUGCAGUGAAACAGGAAGAAGGACAGCCAGAGAACGUGGCUCCUGAAAAGCCUGCAGUAUCUGAAAAUGGUGAAGUACCUAAUGAUCUUCCACCUCAGCCCAUCCAAAGACGUGUUCCCCGUCCUAGCACUGCAAGACCAGCACCACCCCGAGUAAAACGUCAGGAAAGCACAGAGGCCUUACUUCCAGAAAGGAGCGGUAGUGGUAAAACAGUCUCAAACGUGAUCACAGACCGGCAGACUUCUGAUGAUGAUGAUGACCAGUUUGUGGUGGAGGCAGCACUGCCGCUGCCAGAAAUGCCAGAAGUGGAAAUGGAGCCAGAAGUGGAGCUGGUUGAGGAUGAAAAGCAUGGUGGGCUUGUAAAAAGAAUCCUAGAAACUAAGAAAGAUUAUGAGGCAUCACAGAAAGCAUCAGCGACAACAGAGAGGGAGAAGCCCUACGUAUCGGAAGCAGCUAGGAAGAAAGAGAGAGACUUGGUAGCCAAAGAAAUUGAGAAGUUUCAGGUCUCUAUUCAGACUCUGUGCCGGAGUGCCCUGACACUUGGCAGGAUCAUGGAUUACAUUCAAGAAGACAUGGAUGCCAUGAAGAACGAGUUGCAGAUGUGGCAAGACGAGAACAGACAGCACGCAGAAGCUCUGCAGAAAGAGCAAAGCAUCACAGACAGUGCUGUAGAGCCAUUAAAAGCUGAGCUGGCUGAACUGGAACAGCUGAUUAAAGACCAGCAAGACAAGAUCUGUGCUGUAAAAGCUAAUAUUCUAAAGAACGAAGAAAAAAUCCGGAGGAUGGUUCUUAGUAUAAACCUGUCUUCAAGAAGGUGAAGAAGAGGGGGGAAAUAAAAGCCUUGGGACUGACUGACACUCCUACCAAAUAAAAACAGAAUAGUGGAGAAGUCGAAGAUAUGCCUUGUUUAGAUAUAAAAUGUUUAGAGACCAGAAGUCUAAAAAUUAUAUAAAAUCCCAUUAUUGCAUUGAUAUUACCCAGGAUAAAGUUAUAUUCAUUUGAAUGC